AUGGCAACAGAUCUGAAUCGCAAAAGAAGCGCCACUUCGGGCGCAUUAGGCGUUUCAAACCCGAACAUAAAGCCGAUUAACCGCAGACCAGCCAGAGUCUACAGUGUUUCUUCCGAUAUAGUACCGCAGGCCCUAACACAUCCUGAUGAAGAUACGCAUCUCAAAAUAUCCAAGUCUCCCUCUGAUGCGGCUCCCCGAUGGUCGCAGGUGGGGUUUCAAUCCAUAUUUCAUGAUGGUUCCAAUUCAAGACGUUCGACGGAUUCGAUUAAAGAAGAGUACAAUCAAGACGCAGAGAACGACGACGGUCACUUUGAAGAAGGCUUAUCAAGUGGUAACCGAAUUGACGAAAUCACCACGUCAAAUGAUAGCUUGCCUUCUUCGACAUCAGGGGGUAAUAAAAGGCGAUUGUCCAUAUUCACCAAUUCUAAGGAAGGUGUGAGAAAUCGAAGCAGAAGUGGGUCAAGGAACCCCAGCACUCUUAUUAAUGGUGCCAGCAAUAGCAGUAUAAACAGAAGUGGCUCUAAGCUGUUCAAGACGAAAUCGAACAAGAGUUCGAACAGCCUACAAUCCUCGUUAUCGACAGGUCAUACUCAUUUGAACAAAGGCAGCAAUGUCUUUAGCAAGAUGGCAAGGAAGCUUCUACCUUAUAAACCACAUAAUUCUACAGGCAAGGACGACAUUGAACCCGCGGUUCCCAGCCCGUUCAGUAAAUUUUUGCACUCUUCGUAUGGCAAACAUAGAUCACCCGUACAAUUCAUCCAUAACUCUACUGGAGGUUUGAUUGAUUCUGGCAAGUCUGUGUAUUCCUUUAAUCCGAGCGUCAGCAAUAACCCAAACGACACUGCUUUAACACUGAUUCCAGACGAUGCUUUCGAUGCAACUAACGUUUCUCUGUUACAUGACCUAUUAAAAAACCUGCCCUCUUUGAUAGCGAAUCAUAAGAGUUUUACGCUACAGGAACUGUGUGUCUUAGAGGGGAACAUAUGGGGAAUAUACUGCAGUAUAGUUGUGGAACUUUUCAAGAAUAAAAGGGUGUGGCAAUUAGCGGCCAAGAUAGAAGAUAUUGAUCGGUUGCUGGAAUUCUACAUUAUAUUGAAGACGCAAACCAAGGCAGCUGUAUCUCAUUCUAAAUUCUUGACGGAAAUUGAAGAAUUUAUCACUACGUCACUUUAUAUAUUGGAGAACCAGAUCGUGUUCAAUUAUGCUAAUGAGGAGAUUGUAAAUACGGCUUUAAAAAGGGUCGGCAUGAUCUGGAAAGUCUUUUACCAACAGGUUUACUAUGACAUAAUGGCGGUGUUGUUGCCCUUUGAGAAAACAUUUCGAGAUGACAGCAAUUACUGGCUUGACGGUUACCUACCAGAGCCCUCGAGGUAUACCCCCUCUGUCGACCUUUUGUUGUUGAAGUGUUUUAGAGACUCGAUCAUACUUCCAUACUACGAAAGUUUCCUACAUACAAAUGAUGGGGCCAGUAAAAGUUUCCAAAAAUACAUUUUCAAUGAAGAAGAACAGAACGGUGUCACAGAGGAGGAUAAGCUGACGUUACUGCAAUGUUUUGGAAUUCUGAGUACCAUCAAAGGGAACAGCAGAAACCAAAAAAUCAUCGACGAGCUGCUAGAAGGGAUACGCAUGAGUAUAUAA